UUGAUAAAGAGAAUGUAAUUGUAAAGUAAAUGCUUCCCGAUAAAAAAUGGGUUCGUUUACAGACGCCGAGGAAGAGAAAUUAAUAAAAAUGGUUAUAUCUCAUGAUAUAUUAUAUAAUGCGUCUCAUACAAAUUAUAAAAGUAAUUUAAUUAAGGACAAUGUGUGGAAGCAGAUUGGAAAGGAGUUGAACAGAAAUGGUGGAGAUUGUAAAAAGAAAUGGAAAUGCAUAAGAGACACAUAUCACAGAUAUAAAAAGAAAAUAAGAGCUACCGGUGCCGUUCCAAAACAAACGAAAGAUCGGAGGCAUAUUUUAUUAUCAUUUCUGGACAGCUUUCCCCCCCAACCAAGAUCAGGGGGAGGAAGUUAUGGCGGAGGUACCCAAGAAUUAUUGGAAGAAGAAAAUCACUGGCAAGAGGCAGAAAUACAGAAUUCUACAGAACUAAGUAAUGAUUCCGAUGCACAAAUGUUAAUGCCAGAUAUAAUAAUAAAAGAAGAAUACAACGAACCGGGUGUACAUAUGUUUGGUAUUUCAGAAAGUAAUGGGGAUGCUACGUUUAAGAAAAAAACACUUAAACGGACAAACAGCGAUGACCCCUUGCAAGAAAGAGACAAAGAGCCGAGUACCUUAUUUAAGAACAAUAGAAAGAAAGGAGAUGACAUAGACUUGUUUUGUCGGCAUCUUGAAGAAGUAUUACGGAAUCUACCGCCAAUAGAGAAGGCAAAGGCAAAACUGGAGAUGAAUAAUAUCCUGUCAAAAUAUGAGAUUUUGGUGGCAACUAAGUUUGAAAGACUAAGUCAUUCGUCAGUGUUAAAUUUUUCAACGGAUCUAGAGACAUCUGCAACCAGCUUACAUGAUAUGCAAAACAAUGAUCAAACUGACUAACCAUUCACAUAUUAUGUGUGUUGGUUUAAAAUCACGGGUUCAAACCUCAAUUGAGCUGUGCAGAGCGGGAAAAUUUGCUCUUGGAAAAAAUACAAAAUGAUUACUAAAAAUUUGGUAUUAUACACAGACAAGUUAACUAGUAUCAUCAUAAUAAUAUCGGCCUUUGUGUCUAUUGCAGACGAUUUAUGGUGUAACUGGAGAGAUACUGUUUUUGGUAUUCUUGUGAAUAGAAAAUGGGCGCCAUUGCAAAGGACGACAUCGUAGUUGUAGCAUCGGAUAGCAUCGGCGUGAUUGCCGGCGCCAUAAUGGCGACCGCCGCAGCUCGGGAGGCGCCGGUGCGUCAGGCGAGAGGCGCCAUCAUUGUAGUUAGCUCUCCU